AUGUCGUCGUCUUCGGGCGGCGACCUGCGCGCGGGUAAAUCACCUGCCCCAAAUAAAAUCAAGCCUUCCUUGACUACUAACCGUACAUCGGAUUCAAGUUUCACCACCGUCAUCUCAAAAAAAAAUUUACGUAAGUCAAAUUCCAAUUUGCUUACACCCCCGUCCCCCGGACUUCAACAGAUUAUAAAUAAUACGCCUAUUUUAAAUACUUCGCAAUCAGCCUUCAAUUAUAUUACGGACAAUAAUUCGUCGGCCGACCCGGUCAUUAACAAUGGUUUAUCUACUGAUAACCUUAAUGACUCUACAUCAAAUUCCUUACUGUACGUUAAUUCUACACAAAUAAACACUUCUAUACAUUCCACUGAUUUACCAAAUGAUAUAAAUAUGUCGUCUCAAUGUAUACAACAGACCUUCUCACCUGAUUAUAACGGCCCGGUCGUGAUUCUUGUCGAAUGCAUUGAUUUGGAAAAAAAUUUGGGAAACUGGCACCCUAUUAAGGCAGCCAAAUUUUUCUCUACUCAUUUUACCGGUAUAACAAAUAUUAAGUCCGCUGGUUCAAAAAAAAUCAAAAUUAGUUUUGAUUCGAUUACGAACGCCAAUCUUUGUUUGACUUCAGACGUUUUGUUGGAAUGUGGCUUCACAGCUACUAUCCCAUCGAAUCUUAUAUUCUCUUUUGGCAUUAUAAGAUUAGAUUCCGAAGUUUUGGAGGACGAUUUUUUGGACGGAGCAUGUUUCCCCAUCGUAAGCUUCAAACGCAUUUCUGUUAAAAAAGAUGGCAACAUGGUUGCAACACGCAUCGUUGAACUCAAGUUUUUGUCCCCUAAAUUACCUCAACACAUCUCAAUCUAUAAUAUGAUUUUCGACGUCAAACCCAGUAUUCGCUCUCCUGUUCAAUGCAAUCGUUGCCUUCGAUUCGGUCACACUCAAAAGUUCUGUCGCAGUGACCCUAAAUGCAGUCAUUGCGGUACUUCCAAACAUUCUAUUUCUGAAUGUCCCACCGUUCAUGCCACAGAUCCAAGCUGCAUUUUCUGUAAACUUCCUCACCUCGCCACAGACCGUAGCUGCAAAGAAUGGUCAAUCCAAAAGGAUAUUAAAAAAAUCAUGGCUACAGAAAACAUUUCCUUCAAAGACGCUAAAGAUUUUAAGUAAAAUAAAUGUUAUUCUACUGCAAAUACUUUUUCUGACGUUGUAAAAAGCCAGCCUCCAAUCUCCGAAAUUCUUAAACCCAACUCCACUCUCCGCGAAGAUAGCUUCCCUAGUCUACACGAUAAUCAUCAUUUUUUCAAUUCCGGUAAACAAAAACAUAAAGCUCGACCCUCUUUUAACAAAAAAUAUAAUUACUCGGCAUUUGAAAACCAAUCCCACUCACCUAAUGGAAAUUACUUAAAUAAACUCCCUAACUUAGAAUCCUCUCCUGUAAAUAACUCAGGAGAUUUAUCAUGGGUUCAAUCUCUUUCCCAUAAACUAUCUGAAACUCUUAUUAAUUCUCCUUCAUUAUCUACUCCUUUCUCCUCCACCUCCCUUCAGUCCCUAAUUGAAUCUUCCAUAUAUUCUCUUCUCAAUUCUCCUUUCUAUAAUCUCACUGCAUAA